UUCUAAUGCUGUAAUGCACACGUCCAAACUUCGCAAGACUUCUCCAUAUAUGAUAGUACAACCAAGGAAGCAUCUUGGUACAACCUCGCAUUGCAGAUUUAAUAGCCUGGCACAAUGAGUGGCUCGGAGAGUGGCGAAACUGUCAGUCCGUUUCGCGUCCUGCUACUUCGCCUUUCCGAGCAGAUAUCUUCCCAGGAGCUGAGCGACAUGAAGCACCUGCUGAAGGACGAUAUCGGCCAGAGAAGGCGCGAGGAGGCGCUGUCGUGCCUGGACCUCUGGGACCAUCUGGAGAAAGCCGGAAAGCUGUCGGACGGACGGACGGACCUGCUGAAGGACGUACUGUACAAUCUGCCCAGGAGGGACCUGGUCAAACUGGUGGAGGAAUAUGAAAAUCAGAGGAAAGAGUCUCAAAUUGCUGUGUCUACAUGUGGCAAGACCACCCCACCCCCCAUCCAGUGCAAGGCCAACCCAUCCCCCACCCAGUGCCAGUCCAGCCUACCCCCCACCCAGUGUAUCAGGCAGACAAGUGAAUCUGCCAAACCUGUAUGUUUUGCUUACACACAGCCUCCCUUACAGGAGGAAGGUAAGUCCUCCCACCUGCCCACCAGUGUUCAGUCAGAAUCACAGACACUCUACAAUGGCUUACCCAUUACAGCUGCUACAGACGGACCAACAGACCCGCCAGAGACAACCACAGACACCAAACAUCACACAGUAGGGGACAACAUGGCCCGGCAUUCCCCAAGAGAUUACAGACAAAAAGCUGUGAGAAUUAAGGAGCAGAAAGUCCUGCCUAAAGCACAGAACUACAUGGAGACGGCCGGGUACAGGGUGGCGAUUGUGGGCGGGAAGCACUACGAGAUAGAUGAGGAGGAGUUUGUAGAGAUGGACCACAGUUCAUCCUACCACAUCCGGCUGACCAACUCCCACCUCCGCUCAUGUGAUGCACAGCUGUCCAUCGAUGGCAAGGACGUGGGGACAUGGCGUCUGGAACCCAAACAGGAGAUUGAGUUGGAACGGCCUGAGGAGGAGCAGAUGUGUUUCACCUUCUUCAGCACCAGGAUGGCUCCAGCAGAGGCUGGCAUCAGGAGGGGGGUAGAGGAGAAUGGUUUGGUCCAGGUCACUUUCACGCCAGAGAAGAUGAGAGAAGAGAAGACCACAGUUAAAGACCUGUAUCGUGGAGGUGACCAGGGAGCUGAGGAUGACACAGCCAGCAGUGACUCCUCUAGUGGGGAGGAAGAUGAGCCAUUCCGCAGUGACACGCCUCUGAACUGGUCGUCAGGGGCAACAGCUCUGCAGGGGAUCAGCCAGCAGGAGUUUGAGCAAGUAGAGGGAGAGAUUGAGAAGGAUGAGGAGGCCCAAGUUAUCAUGAUCUUACGUCUGGUAGCGAGAAUUGAUGGUUCUAAGGUAGAGGUCUCCAGUGCUCCAAUCAAACCGCUGACAUCGAAGCGUCCAAGAGCAAUCCAAGACUAGCAGAAACCCGCCUGGGGAAAGAACUACGUACAACCGAAGAGUGAGCUGAAGUUUCAACUCUGUAACUUCUGAAAGGACAUUGAUCAGUUUUUGGACCUGACUGGAAAAACCAGACACAUUUGAACUUUUUGAAUUUUUUUGAAUAAGUCAUUAAUGUUAUAUUGCUUGUCUUCCUAGAAAUUUGAACUUUUAUUUUGAAUAAGUCAUUAAGGUUAUAUUGCGUCUUCCUAUAGCAUUUACAGUGUUUUUAAGACCAUACCUGACAUCAAGGUUUAUGGAUUUACAGUACUUAUAGCUAAGAAAGCCCAGUGCUGAGUAUCAAUAUAAUUGUGAUAUAAUUUUGUCCCAAAAUAAAACAAUAAGGUAUCCUGAGAUACACCCAAAUGCUACAAUGUACUAGAAAGUCAACAUAGAUUCUAC